AUGCCGGGCUCAGCACGCACACCGAUGGACGAGACGUUUCAGCAACUGCAGAAACGGAUGGUCGAAAGUGGUGACUGGGAUAGGAUCUUGCUCGCGUUAAGGUAUAGACUGAGCGAUGAAUGUUGGUUGGACGUUGUGCGCGGAUCAUGUAAGGAGCGAGCGCGACAGAAUACACCAAUACGAGAUCUUAUUAAGCAGGUCUCCGAAACGCACGGACAAGUCCCGGACGCUAUUAGGGCAGACUUUUUGAAGAUCAUCAAGAAGUAUCUUGCUGAGGAAGUGCAGUAA